UCGGGGAUGCCUUUGAUGUCCGGACAAAGCAGGGUCCCAGGCAGUCACUCCCUAUACCUGGCACUCGGGAGCCAGGACUCGGAGUUCCACGACUUCAUUAGCCGCUGCCUGGAAUGGGAUCCAGCUCUGCGGAUGACACCAGCAGAGGCACUGGCGCAUAGCUGGCUGAGGGAUGAGGAAAUGCCGAGGGAUGAGGAAAUGCCGAGGGAUGAGGAAAUGCCGAGGGAUGAGGAAGUGCCGAGUCAGUGUGUGCCUCUUGUGGACACAUCAAUCCACGCAGAGGCAUCCGCCAAGGAGGCGACGAGACAGUGGGGUGAGCCCCUGCAGAAAGAGAAGAAGCAGUCACGUCUGGUUAGUGCAUACAGGGCCGUAUGCUCAUUCUUCCGUGGCUUUAAGAAAUGCACCGCAUGCGACCGUAAUGCUCAUCCUGGGCGUGUACACAUUCCACACACCGUAUACACACACGCUCGCCUAAGCGAAUACAUGAGCAACUUCCGGUGCUAGCGUCAAUAUCAGAUCCCAUCUACUGAGUUUUUUAACCCCACAUAAAUACAAUAAAACCGCUCUUAACGACGGUAAUUGGUUCCAUGAAUAUGGUUAUUAAGUAAUUUGGUAAUCAAGCAAGUACAGUCGACCCUUACACAUCGCGGGGAUUAGGGGUGCAGGCCCCCCGCGAUCUGGAAAAACCGCAUAAAAUGUUUGGUCCCCUU